CAUGGGCCCACAACCCUACUCUCCUCAGUCCACCCACUUCAAGUCUUCAUCAAACAGUUCAAAGCCUUCCCCAAUUGUGUCAUUGUACGUACGUACUUUCAAACACUUCAUCUUCCCCUCCUCACUGACUGAGCUCUCUCACCCAAGCAGCAGCCAUGGAUACUCUCGAGGCUGCCAACAAAGUCCUCUCAAGAAUUCAAAGCUUCGACCCGCAAAAUGCUUCCAAGAUUAUGGGUUUCAUUCUGAUUCAGGAUCACGGCGACAAGGAUAUCAUCAGAUUAGCUCAUGGCCCGGACGCUCUUCUUCUGUCCCUCAUCACUGAAGCCAAAGCUUUCUUGGGACUUUCGUCGAACACUUCGUCUUCAGAUUCGCCGCCUUCUCCUUCCUCCGCUACUUUAGGCCCAUUUUCCCCAAGGAUCACGCUUCCCCAAAACGGGUUUCGUUUCCCGAGAAGCCCCGUUCCCGGGAUCCCGGGUUCUUCGGGUCCUCUUUCGUUUUGUGGCGGCGUGGAGUCCACUUGCCAUUCUCUGGGGUUUCUUCCUUCUUCCGACACAAACCGCUUAAAGCACCAGCCCCGAAAUCAGAAUGAGGUUUUCAAUCGCAAGUUUCUGCAUGGUGCUUCGACUGCAUCCGUUGAUUUGCCUGCCAAAGUUGAUUCUUUGGAUGACAUUCUUCGCCUAAAAGCCCUUCAGCGGCAGAGGUUAUCCACUGCUCUUAUGGCUUCUAGUGGUGGUCACCCCCUUCUCACUUACAAUGACUGUAUGAGCAAUUUGAACGAGAACUCAAGUUUGUCACAUGUGGGAAUUGGUCUUUCUGGAGGCCAAUCUGAUGGGCACUUGAAUCCGAGCUCUUGCCAGAUUUACUUGACAUUUCCUGCUGAUAGCACAUUUAGUGAAGAUGAUGUUUCUAACUACUUUAGUCUGUAUGGGCCGGUGCAAGAUGUUAGAAUUCCAUACCAGCAGAAGCGCAUGUUCGGUUUUGUCACAUUUGUCUACCCGGAUACUGUGAAGCUCAUCUUGGCCAAAGGAAACCCUCAUUUCGUGUGUGAUUCUCGCGUGCUUGUUAAACCUUACAAGGAAAUGGGAAAAGUCCCGGACAAGAAUAGGAAGCAAAAACAGAACCAUAUGGACGUAGCAAAGUUACCGUCUUGCUUGGGCCCAUCCAGUCGUGAUUCCAGUGAGCCCCUUGACAUUCCAUUCGGACCAAGAAUGUUUCAUAGGUCAAAGGAGGCUACACUCAGAAGAAUGUUAGAGCAGGAAGCUCAUUUGCAGAGAGCCAUCCAGCUACAUAGUAGAAGGUUAAUGGAUUUGCAACUUAUGGAUGAGAAGAAUAAAAACAAAGGUUAUUGUGAUGAGUUCCAGACUGGCUCUUCGCCCAUCAUUCCACUCUCUCAGUCACCAAACCAUCCUAAUUUCACUCAUAAAGUUACAGCAGAAAAUAAGGAUAGCCAGGCAGCAAGUAAAGAAGAGAUCAAUAGUGGUGAUGAAAAUAGUGGUGGCCAUAAACAACAUAGUAUCCCUGAUAGCUCUGAUUCUCAAAAAAGAGGCUUGGAGAACAUCCUUCCCGAUCAGUUUUCUGCUUCUCAUGGUGCUGAAAACCUACCCUCUUCAACAGAAACUGAUGAUGAUAGUUCCUCAACUAAACCACUUUCCAAAAAUAACCCUACACUUCCUGGCACUUCUACUACCGUCAUGUUGCAUGAAGAUUCCAAGGUAGCCUUGUUUCCAUUAUGCACUCUUGCAGGUUACAAAAGUUCCAUAACUAAAACUUUGGGCUGUUAUGGCAAGGUCAUCUACUGAUCAAGAAGAAACCCUUGAAGUGUAGUUAUGCUUGAGUUGACCUCUGGUUAGCAUGUUACCAAAUUUUGAAUGUUUGAAUGCUAGGCCAAAAAGACCAGAAGAGGAGAUUCGUAAGGAAGAUCUAAUAAGGAUCAAACAAGACAUCUUAUUAUACCCAUACGGCAUACCUGGUGCUUAUUAUGUAUAGGACAAUUGACUUUUGUUGCUUAGACUAGCUUAAUCAAUUUACUCCUAUGUUUUCCUAUAUCACUUGUUUUGGUCAAAUAUUUAUUGUGUUUGCUAUAAUAGAUUGUACAAAUUUUG